AUGGAACUGAAUGAUGAUUUAGUUGUGGAGAUCAUCUCCUACUUACCUUUGAAGCUUGCAGUUCGAUGUAAAGUUCUAAACAAGAAUUUCAAUAGUUGGAUUUCUGAUCCUAAAUUUUCUCAAACUUUGCUCCAACAUCAAAACAUCUCUACACUACUCCUCUAUUCUUCAUCAGAUCGUUCAUCCCAGCACUUCCACAAAAUCUUCAUAAACCCUAUCGUAACCACGGAGUAUAAGACGACGUUACCCGUUAACGUUGACGUUGUGGCCUCAAGUAAGGGUCUGCUUCUCCUUAACUUUGGUGAAGUUGUGGGUUUCUGUGUUUUCAAUCCUCUAACUGGGGCGCAUCAAUUGAUACCAUACCCAAAGCCUACAAAAGAUUAUCGUACAAGAAUUGGUAAUGCAUGCUUGGCGGUUGAUUACCCUACUUCUGAUCAAUAUAAACUGGUAACCAUAGGGCAGCUGGGUGGAAAAGAAGGAGGGUAUAAGUUUCAAGUAUUUUCAUCCGAGGGAUCUGAUGGUAUGUGGCAUAAAUUCCAAUUGAGAAUGGACUUGAGCAAUACUUUUAGUAAUUUUCUCAGUUGUAACCCUGUUUAUGUGAAUGAUUCCGUGCAUUGGCUCAGAAAUGAUGGUCGUGUCGUUGCUUUUAAUACAAAGAGAGAAGAGGCUACGGUUCUUGACCUACCUGAGUUCAUCAAUCAUCAUGAUCCCAUUCACGGUACCAUUAAGCCUCGUUUCGAUACAUGGUUAGGGAUAGCGCAAGGUUUACUUACCCUUAUAUGCCUUUUUAAGAAAUCAACAGUCAUUGCUUCUUAUGAUUAUGUAACCAACAAUUGGAGAGUUACUCAUACUUCAGCCAACUUCAUAAAGGGUGUGUCCCGGUUUCGCCAUAAUUUUGGUUUUCCAAUCUGGAUUGACAACAAACAAGUACUUUUCUUACUAGAUCGUCGUCACGUGAAAGAGGUUCGACAUUUGUACGAAUAUGAUUCCGAGAUGAACAGAUAUAAAAUUGCAGCAGUUUUGGACAAAGACGAUAGGGUAACUCUUUAUCGCUUGCCUGCCUUCAGCCCAACAUUAGCCAGUGUUCACAAGACUCUCUCAGCAGUCACAGUCACAGUGGACCUGAAACAUCUAUCAGCUAUUACUGCAACCUUAGAUGAACUCAAAAGAUUUAUUACUGAAGGCACCUGUUAA